AUGGAUCAUGCAACAUGUCAUGCGGAGGAGUAUUUAAGGUUAUCUUUGCCAACGAAGGAUUCCCAGCCAUUGGGAAAGAGAAAAGGACUUCUCCCACAUGUUGCGGUACGAUGUCGCCCACUUACCGCGGAAGAAUAUUGUGCCUUCACGUUACGAAUGCGUGAUCCCGACCCCGCCUUAACUGCAUCAGGCAGCGAUACGCUGUUGGUGGCAUACCCGGUGGCCAUUCAAGUAUUACCACCCAGCAGCAACGACAGCAGCAGUGAUGAUGUUGAGCAAACGGAAGGAGCUGCAAUCACGUUGGCACGAUAUAUGCCCAACGGGACAUUAUGCAUGCAGGAGUUUCCAUAUGUGUUUGAUGCAGUUUUUCUCCCAGACUCUGUGGAAUGUUUCACACGGUUACGUCAUGAAUGGGAGCAACCCGAGUCGACGGAUGCAACUGGGCGCCAAUGGACGACAGGGUGCUAUGACAGGUUGCUAGACAUGAGCACAGUCUCCGGCAACGAUGGUGCCUUUGCGACCCGGCUGAUUAAAAACGCUGUGCACCCAAUAACAGGUGGGGCGCUGUCGUGGGCAAACGGGACUGAAGGCGAUGAGGAGGAAGAGGAGGAGGCGGAAGCGGCGACGCUUCAGCGGGAAGUGGAGCAGCUGGCCUUCCUCAACUCACUGUGCUCCUGCCAAGCAGUGAGAGCAGGCAAACGCCCCUUCGUUGGGGCCUCCGUGCGGCCUCCCAGCAGAUGGAGUUUCCCGAUGGAUCAGGAGGAAGUUGUGAAUCAACCCAUCGUGCCGUUGCUUGUAGGUGGACAUCACGUGACGGUGAUUGCCUUUGGCCCUCCCCAAAGUGGAAAGUCAUACACGCUAUUCGGCACCCCGCAGUCAAGGGAUAGAGCAAUUGGCACACAGCCGCCCUCCUUCUUGUCUAUCCACACGCAUGGAUUGAUCACACGCGUCGUGCGGAAACUUCUUGAAAUUAUUCAAGAGCGUCUGAAACGAAGGGGAAAAAGUGUGGUGGUGGAUGCCGAGAGGGAAAGUAUGAAGGAGAAAAAAGACGACGAUGGCGUGAGGGUGGCAUUCGUGGCGUUUCAAGACGAUCCGCCCACCGCUGGGGCUCCGUCCGGUCAGGCCCCAUCGGUGUUUAUGUAUGACCUGUGGAACCCCGUCUCCUUUGCCGCACUUCGGCGCACGGUACGUCUUUGCGGUUCGGCAGCAAAUGCCGGAACCACUGGAGAUGGGAGCCUUUUGGGGAAGGGCGAGUGGCAAAAUGAUCCUCAUCGUUUUUCCGCCGCCACUCACGUUACAGAAGAAUUUUGCAACUUUUCUUCACUUCUUGUGGAAGGAGCCGUGUGGAUUGAUGUGCAAGCGGAGGAUGCGAUGGUUUUGUACCAGCAACGUGGUUUAGAACACCUUACAUUAUUGCGUGAGAAGCUUCAUGUCUUGGGCGUACAUGCCCCCCUGCACGUUGCAUUGCUUGUGCGGACGCGGUUUGAGAAAUAUGAAGAGGAGGAGAGAAACAUUGUGCGGAGUUACAUCAUGGCGGGGAAUAGGGAUGCGUCUAUGGCGUACCACGCGGAAGGGCUUUUCAUUGAACUCCAAUGGACACCUCCCAUCGCAGACGGGAGUGCGUUUCGGUCUAUUCUACAGGUGCCGGAAGCAGUAACAUCCCUCUCUGACUUGGAUGCACCGAAUACAUUGUCGCUCCUUUUGCAGAAUGUGCGAUGGGGCCAUGCAAAACUCUUUUUGAUUCCAACUAUUCGGGCCUCUUUAAUGCAUGCCACCGACACCAUGAACACGUUGAAAACGGCAGUGGCAUGCAAAUUGUUGUGUCGUCAUCCGGAGUGGUUUUUUGUCCCUUGCAUGAUCGAUCCUGUGGAAAUGAUGCAGCGGGCCGCGAAUGGCAUCGAGAAAGAGUUAAUGACGAUAUCCGCCUCAAAAAAAGAAACAGGGAUCAUGCAUUUUGUAACCACAGCAGAAGCGAAAAGAAGACGACUAGAUGUUCUUACGUCAUCUAUCCAACAACUCACGGCAACGUUGGCGGAGCGUCAUGCAUUUGAGCGGCAACUGGUUUUUUCAUGGCAUCAUGCGGAUCGUGCUUCACGGGAGGCACUUGUACGAACAUGGGCAAAACCAAAAAAGAAAUUUUGGCAUCUCUUUACGUUAUCAGACGUGAGGCGGGAAGUAUGUGAUGACCGUCAUGCUGAUGGCGUGGCCGCAGGGCUACGACGGCAUCCUGUCUAUUUUCUUUUACUUCUUCCUCCUCCCCCUUCCGCGGGCACCGUCAAAGGCCACCGUCAGGCAACGCUUGCAGCAAAACAGAAAGCCGCACUUGAAUCCCUUCGUGGCUCCGACAGCUCCAAUACUUUACUUCCUCUCUUUUUUGAUCUCAAAGAGAGCGAUUUGGGAGAUGGGACUCCCUUUCGACUAUCGUUUUGUAUGCGUUUUGCGUCAGGCACAAUAUUGUCGCCGAUGUCAUCUGAGGGAGGACUGCAGCUGCCAUUGCCGACGGAUAUCAUUCGAGGAAGUGAAGGGACAUUACACAAUGCUGUGGUGGAGGUGCGUAUUCAAGCUGUGGGUGGUCGGUUCCUUCUUGCUGCGUCUGUUUGGCAAGGCCAUCGAAUUGCGACAGAUGUCAUGCCUCUUGUCUAUGUCAAUGGUCUUCCUGUUUCAUGGAGGUCAGCGGAGGAGACGCGGUCCUUAGCAAGCGCAAGCAUGAAAACCUCAUUCUGGGUGCCCCUCUCACUUGGGGCACGUGUUGCAGUUGGUCCAUAUGUCUUUAUUCUUUCAGUACGGGAUGACACGAUGUCGUUUCCCGCGUCGUCGUUGCCUUCCUCAUGGAAGGUGGCCGCUGAAACGGAGAAGUUUUCAAGAGCCCUGGUGCUACUGUGGGAGUCUCGUCGCCGCCUUGAAAUAUUUAGGUGGCACCAACAGAAGCUGCGACUCAUCUUUGAUGUAACUCAACUGAAGUGGGGGAAAAAUACCACCAAUAGUUUGCUGAGCGGGAAUAGCGACCGAUUACAACGUCGUCGCUGUACGGCAGUCGAACGCGAUGUCUUAGCCGCGUAUCACGGGGCUCUGCAGAAGUGUGGGGUGGGGUGGCGACAUCUGGUUUGGGGUCAAACCAAAGAAGAGGAAGAAGAAGAAAAAGGCACGAAAAAGGAGCUGGCACGGACGGCUAAAGUGUUGUUUCUACCACAUUGGAUGCCUGUUGCAUCAGUCCGUAAUAUCGCUAACACCCGUUUGAUGAGUUCACUUCCAAACCAGUUGAAUCUUCUGCUGGAGUGCGUCUCGCGGCAUGGGGCACUGAGCAAAACGGGGCCAGGGGAAAUCGUCACCUCCAUGCACCCCUUGAGCCAUGAUCACAGGGAAGAUUAUCACGAGGAAGAUGAGGAUGGAGAACUUCUCAUGACAACGCUUUACGCUCGUUCCUGGGAAGAGAUUGAGGAGGUGGAAGCAUUCACGCAUUUCUCCUCGUCUCCGAUGAACGCCUCCGUCGACCCUGUGUGUAUGCACAUGACGGGGCCGUCGGAAUUGGAACUCGGUGGAGGUGUUGGCAAUGAGUCGGACGGCAGGCAUCGUUGGCCAUUGAAGUCCAAACCGUCCGUGGAGGCACUUCGCCGUGAGCUGGACGCAAUUGAACGUUACUUGGAUGAGCAGCUUAAUCCGAAGCCGCCGGUUCGUACGGAAGCUCGAUCAAAGAAACCCCAGAAGCAUCGUGAAGAAAAACGGCGAAAAACAGGAGCUUCUACUCAUAGCGCCGUGACGCCUUAUAUUUACCCGGAUAAUAUCGAGACGGUUCAACGUCUCUGGGAAGGCUAUGGAUGCUACUCACGUCUGCUACAACCCUCUGCCUCCAUGACGUCUCUUUUAGCUGCACUCCUUGGCUGGCCUGACAGCAUCCGUGACAGUCAAAGCCGUCAGGAAAAGAACAAUAAGCCACUGGAGCCCAGCGGUUUUUUAAAUGCAUCAUCAUCAUUAUUAUGGGAUCCUUCUUCUUUACCUUAUGUGUUGUCACAACCAGAAACCCCCACGGAGGAGCGGGUCCUUCGACGAAUUAUUACCCGCCACAGGGAUGCAGAGUGUGCGAGGAUGCCUGUUGAAGAAGUUCAGUUUUGUUACAAAAGACAACUAGUUCUGGAGCUUUUGAACUUUUUGGUGGAGUUGGAAAGGUCACGUCUUUGGAAGCAGGAUGGCCCUACGGUGCCAUCGCACAAGUAUGAACACAAAAAUCUCCUGAAUGAUAAUGGCCCGCCCUUUUGCAUGACAACUGAUAAAAAACCAGUAAAGACGGUGAACACAGAGGCCACUGACGCCGCAUCCAAAACCUCUUCUGCACAGAACCGCUGGGAUUUCACCAUCACCGUACCAUUUCAGACGAUUCACACAUUGUGUGGUUUUGCCCAUGUGCAUAGACUUAAAAGAGUCAACGGGGGUGUUUUUUUUGGGAAAGACAUGGCGGUAUUUGUUCCCACCACCAUCGCGAUUCAUGGACACUUUUUGUAUUACUACGAUGCGGAGGGGAAAGAACCCCAUCCAGAUGACAAGGCGAAGGGUGGGUGUUACCUGCUGGGGGCGACCAUUGUGGGUAUUUCAAAGUCUGUAUUGGAAGAAAGACGAGAGUUGGCAAAUGAUUCCGUGUAUGCUGGAAGCGUUGCGGAAAAAAGUAAUAAGGCGUUGUUGGAUGCGAAGCGAAGUUCCACGGGUUCUCAUGUUGGCACAAAUGAAUUACUGAUGGCAGCGGAGGCUGUUGGGAAACAAAAUUCCCAUGGCAUUCUUGGGAAGUUUAUGACAAAUAUGCGUGCAGCUAUCGGAAAAAUAAAUAUCAACACGAAGGCGGUGACAGGCGAAGGCGUACAGGGAAAAGCCAGGAACUUUUUUUCUUCUCCCCGUAGGGCGGGAGCCGCGUAUGCGACCUAUAAUAAUAAUAAUAAUAAUAAUAAUAUCGCCACCAGUGACGGUGAUGGUGAUGAUGAUGACACAAGCAGGAGUGGUGAGCUUCUGUAUUUUAUCGAGAUCAUCCCUUCUGUGCAGCGAGGCCCUGAGAAGAACUAUCUCUUUGACACGCGUGAAAAUCACUUAUUACUUGGAUUUAAUACGAAGGCGCUAUGGGAGCGAUGGAAGAAGUGGUUUAACAUUGCGUCCAUGCCUGUUCUUUCCGCUCGUCUAAAACGUCAUUUUGGUUCUGACCAUAUUCGAGAGGCUGCCAUUGCGGUGUUCAGCGAUCUUCAACGCUCACUUAUACAUGAAGAGAAGCGGGGUGUAUUCUCGCCGCAUGUUAAUCGUCCUUAUGUCAUUGGCGGACCCAUACCCCUAACCCUGUUGGAACUGAAACAUGUCCUCCGUGUCACUGCAGACAUGGCAUUGCAUCACACCUAUAUGCAUGUAGCAGACGCAACGUUCUCAUUAUCAUCAUCAGCAGAAGUCAAAACUAUGAUUGAGGAAGAACUGCUCGGUUUCUCUACCGUUGAUAGCAAUGACGCGAUGCGACAACGCAGGAAGGAAGAACAGCCGUUUGAGGCCGUGCAAGGGUUCUCGAGGCAUUUUAUACGUCAUUGUCAUUUGAAUGAAGUCGCAGAGCAUGACUUGGGUAUGCGGCGUGCGGUGCGAUUUCUCUUCGAGAAUAAUAAUCGAGUCUCCCAGUUGCCGUCGCAAUCAUCACCAUCAUAUUUUACUUUUCCGCCUUCUGCUUCUCCAGGCGAAGCCGCGUCUCCUUUUGGUGGUGGUUGUGGUGGCAACGCAGGUAGUGACCCACACCAUGCCUUCCCCCAUGGCCUUGUCGUUGGUGCUCUUGCGAUGCCGUCUGUGGUGCUGCCGUUGUCGAACGUUCCAUUUGCGACGCAAUUAAGAACGUCAUUUGUCACACACGUGCGUUGGAGACGCGAGGACGCCUCCGCAUUACCCAUGCAACGCCGCGGCGGACGGAAGAGGGAGUCAUCACCUCCUCUCAGAGACAGUAGGGAAAAUCAUUUCCCGCCAUGGCAAUCAAGGACGAUGGGAAAAUCGGCAAAUUUGGCCAACGACGGUGCACAACUCUUUCAGGAAGAAAUCCCCAUUAAUUAUAGGUCGCCGUUCCGUCAUGCCAAACUUCUAGACGUCACUCGUAUUCACGCGGAGAGGUACAACUCGCAUGUGUGGCUUAUUGACCACUUCAAUGGCACGAUUGAAUGUGCCACAAGUGCGCCCGCAGAGGAGCCCCCACACUUGCGUCGUUGUGGCUACAUCCGCUCAAUCGUGUACAAAAGUUACGAGUUGUUGCAUGUGGCACGUUCAGACUUCCUUAUAGAUGGCAUCAGUCUUGAGGAAUAUGUAACAGAUAAGGCAAUAAAAAAGGAUAGAGGUGAGGAUGUUUCCUCACGGCCUUUAUACGGAAUUACCAUUCUGUUUUAUCGCAAUGAUCGUAUUGUCUAUAACGAAUAUUUUGAGGAUUUGCGGGAGCGGGAGCGCUUUUUGGAGUGCAUCUCUGCGAUGCGGCCGACGAUACGUAUUUUUGCUCCCGCCCUCACAGCUGCUGUGGUGCCGAAGGAUGAAUUGGACGACCCCAUGUUGACAGGUUCAUUUCAUAUUCAUCCGGAUGCCACACGGCGGUCAUUAUGCAUCGCCGAAGUGAAUCUUCGUGCGGUGUUGCCAACAGCCCCACUUCGUUUAGUCUCUCAAUUUUGGUCAGCGGUACUGCAGCAACUGCGAGAGGAGGACACCAUGACCGCAGCGACGGGAACGAGGCGGCACAAAAAACGACGCCGAAUUCACCGCAACCCUCGUGAGAAAACAUGGAACAUAAAGAUUGAUGCCACCCUUUCAAACAGUGGUGAGUACAGUGCGAAGAGAGUGCAAGGUCUGGCCCCGUUUACCUCAAUGGAACCUAUUAAGGAGGAAAAGGAAGGGACCGCAACGACGAAUACGCUAGAUUACGAGGCCAUAAUUGAGUCCCUUCUUGCCAAUGACUUGCCGAAUGGAGGGAAGAAUGGCGAGGAUACAUAUACGGUGAAACUCGAGGGAGUAUGUGGACUACAACUCAGUGGGGAGGCGACAGUGCCGCUCAAUAUAUGGACUGGCACAAUCCAUCUGGAAGGUUUGCCAAUGAACAACCCGGCGACACUGCGUAAGUGGCUUGAAAUGUUGGCCCCACAGUGGUCCAUGAUGCACGCGUCAGGCAGAGAGGAAAAUUCUGUGAAUCAAUUGAGGGAAGAGGAGGAAGAAGACGACAUAGAGGAGUAUGAUGAAAAUGGCAAUGAAAACAAUAUGUUUGGAGCUUUUCCUGGUUUUCAGAAGGGAAAUGGAGCGAGAAGACAAGAAUGGAAUGGCCAGUAUGGUCGCGAUGCACCUUCUUCCCCAUCGGCGCGGGUUGAUUUGAAAGAUGGAAUGGAAGGAGAAAAAAAAAAUUUGAAUUUAAAAGUGCCGUAUGAUAUCAUUGCACUCACCGCACAGGAGGUGUCCUUCCAUUCCACACCGGAUAAUUUUGUGGUCUUUGUGCAGGAGUGGUUUGAGGAGCAGGGCUAUGUUGUCAUUGCCACUGUCUGUUUAGACACAGCCGUGGUGCUUUUUGUCUUUGCACGAAAACAUGUGGCGUGUCUCUGUGGGGCCGUACGCACAAAGAGGAUACCACUCACAUUUGCUGCUUUACGUGGUGAACAUGGGGCGGUAUUGGCAGCGUUGGAAGUUGGACAAUCCCCUGUUUGCUUUAUUGCCGUGCAUUUGCCUACGAUGGUGUCCCACACAACGAUUUCCCCCCUUGCUUUGGCGACACACUGUGCGUUGAUUCAAGAGGUUCUUACUCACAUCCCUGGUGGUGUGCAUGGAGGCGUUCUUCAGUCAGCCCACGUCGUUAACACAAGUGACGGUCAUAAAGACACGAGAGCGAGGAGGGAUAGGACGGAAAAAAAUGAAUCCUUUUGGGAGCUCCUCACACUGCGUCGACAAUCCUCCACGGUGGAUGGGCUGGAGUUUUAUGAUCAUGUCUUCUUGUUGGGCCACUGGGGGACACCGUUGCUUCUCUCUCCACCCCGUUCCGGAAAGCAGCUAGCAGCUGUGGCAUCAUCCGCGGCAAUAAGGGACGGAGGAAUGUCAAGCGAAGGUCUAUCGUCAAUUUUUGAGGAACUUUUUGAACGGCUUCGAUGUGUCGUUGCGGAAGAAAAAGAAGGGCGACACGACAAGCGGCAGGGUAAUGAGUAUUCUUCUUGUGGUCUCCCCUCCCUCAUACAG